CGUUUCGUGCUUAUAACCCCAAUCCAUCACCCCAUCCCCAACUCCCAACCCGCAACUUCCACCACAACAACCAUCAUGCCUAGCGAGAGCACACCCUUAUUAGUAAGCCUACCAUCAAAUUCAACAACCCGAAAACGAAGCGCCAUGUUCUGGACCCUCGGCUGCAUCUACGGCGCCACCGCCGUCUGCUUCGGAGCCUUCGGCGCCCACGGUCUGAAGAAGACCAUCUCGGACCCGGCGCGGAUCGCCAACUUCGCCACCGCCGCCCACUACCAGCUAAUCCACUCCGUGGCCCUCCUCGUCGCCGCACAGAACCAGAACCCGAUUUCAGGGGUGCUGUUCACGACCGGCAUGACCAUGUUCAGCGGCAGCCUGUACGCGCUCGUGCUAGAUCCCGCGCGCUUCCGGUUCCUCGGGCCUGUUACGCCUCUCGGUGGGCUGUGCUUGAUCGCCGGUUGGGCCGCUCUCGCUUUCAAAUGAGCGUGUAGAGCUACUGCUAAAGUGUACCUAUACUUUGUUAUGCUACCCGGUCUCGGGGUUGAGGAGCAUUGGAAUGGAUCCAUGAAGUUUAUAUGUAGUCGUUUACGUAGCCUUAUAGUGUUAGACCAAAUCACCAAUCAAUAAAAAAACCAAGUC